GUUCGAAAACGAACAGGAAUAGUGGAACCAGCUACGUUAGUUUGUUUCCCACUUUCCCCCAGAAUUUCAAGAAACAGUGCAACAGUAGCAUAAUAGAUAAUCACUUGAAAUGCCUCUUCAGGCGCGCCUCCGCGCACCACUAUUUCAGCGGCCUUGCCUUUUGGCCCCGAACACUUCAUCAGAUUUACCGUCUAUAGACCGUCCCAAUAAUUUCUUACUCCAUUCUCUCCAAUCUUUAUGGAGAAUUUCGCUGCGCAGUAAUGGGUUCAGGUCUUUUUGUAAUCCCCGGUCAGCCAAACCAACAGUCAAAGCUGAUGUGGGCGAGGAAGAGGGAGAGGAAGAGGAAGGGAAAACUGCUUUUGCCAAACUGAAGCAAAAAAUUGAGGCCCUUGGAAUAAACUCUGAUUCUUGUACGCCUGGCGUAUAUGAUCACUUAUAUUGUCCCAAGUGUAAAGGUGGAAAAUCGAUUCACAGGAGUCUGUCUUUUCACAUAAACCGGAACUGGAGUUAUGCGUUAUGGAGGUGUUUCAAUUUACAAUGUGGAUGGGCUGGCAAGGUCUUUGCAGACACCAAAAAGGCCUAUCCUGUUGUCGGCCGACAUGGAAAACUCACUUCCUCUUGGCCGUUGACAAUGGAAAGUCUAAGGCUACAAAUGCUGGGAAAUGAGUUGCUUGCUUACUUUGCUGAGAGAAUGAUAUCGAAGGAAACACUGGAGAGAAAUAAAGUUAUGCAAGUUGCUGGUGAUCAGAAAAUCAUUGCCUUCACUUAUAGGCAAAAUGGACACCUUGUAGGCUGCAAGUACCGGACCAUCGAAAAGAGGUAUUGGCAGGAAAGAAAUACAGAAAAGUAUCUUUAUGGACUUGACGACAUUGCUGAGGCAGACGAGAUCAUAAUAGUUGAAGGUGAAAUAGACAAGCUAUCCUUGGAAGAAGCUGGUUAUUGCAACUGUGUUAGCGUUCCUAGCGGUGCACCACAAACCGUUUCGCUCAAAGAAAUUCCAUCUCCAGAGAAGGACACCCGCUUCCAAUACCUAUGGAACUGCGAGGAUUAUUUGGACAAGGCCUCUCGAAUAAUCUUGGCAACUGAUGGUGAUGUACCUGGCCAAUCUUUAGCUGAGGAGCUUGCUCGUCGUCUUGGGCGGGAAAGAUGUUGGCGAGUACAUUGGCCGAAGAAAGAUGAGGCAAACUCUUUCAAAGAUGCAAACGAGGUACUCGAGUAUUUGGGUGCGGAUGCUCUAAGAGAUGCAAUUGACAACGCUGAAUUGUAUCAGAUGCAAAGUUUAGAUUGAUAACCUGGGAGAUGUGUGGAUCUUUAUAAAUUCUUCUUGGGCCUUCUAAUUUUUGUAAUACAUAUUUUAUUUGUUUAUUUCACCUGAAAAAGGAACCCAACAAUGCUCAUGCAUGUUGAUGUGUAUAUUUUGACCCAAGAGAAACCAAAAAUGGAUAAUUUUAGUAAUAAGUAGAGUUUUCUUAAUUUAUUG